AUCGAGUACACUCGAAACUUUAGAAUUAAACCUGUGAUAUUUUGAAACCUCUAAAACAAAAUAAAAAUUACUAAAAAAAAGGUGGCAAAAUCGUUAUAAAAGUAAGUGCCCUACAAAUUCUAAAGCCACAUAACUAGCUGUCUCCAACCCCACUUCAAUCCCCAAAGUUUCACCCCUCUCUUCUCCACCACUUCUCCGCCGUCUCCGUCGCCACACUCGCCGGAAAUGUCUCCCCUUCAACCCCUCUUUGCUCUUUUGAUUCUCCUCAUCCUUACUAAUGAGAUUGUGGCCGCAGCUUCUUCUUCUUCGAGAUCCGCCGCCGUCCACAACCCCAAACUUCCCCCGCCGCCUCUUUCCUCCUCAAAAAAAUUCGAAGGUUCCUCCGAUUUGGUCAAUCUCCGGUACCACAUGGGGCCGGUGCUGUCAUCUUCUCCGAUCAACAUCUACCUUAUUUGGUACGGCAAAUGGGCUCUUCCCCAAAAAAUUCUAAUCAAAGACUUUUUGUCCUCCAUCUCCGGCGCCGCUGCCACCACUCCGUCACCCUCCGUCGCCGAGUGGUGGCGGACGGUCUCUCUCUACACGGACCAAACCGGCGCCAACGUCUCCCACUCCGUCGUCGUCGCCGGUGAGUAUUCCGAUCUCCGGUACUCCCUUGGCACCCAACUCACCCGUCUCUCAAUCCAACAAGUCAUCGCCUCCGCCGUCAAAUCCGCGCCGCUUCCCGUCGACCACCGCAACGGAAUCUAUCUAAUCCUAACUUCCGGCGACGUAAUUGUACAAGAUUUCUGCAGAGCCGUCUGUGGAUUUCAUUACUUCACCUUCCCGUCGAUGGUCGGUUACACGUUGCCGUACGCCUGGGUUGGAAAUUCCGGCGAGCAAUGCCCGGAAGUCUGCGCUUAUCCGUUCGCCGUCCCGGGGUACAUGGGCGGUGGAGGGCCGGCGGCGCUAUCGCCGCCGAACGGGGAUGUGGGGGUGGACGGAAUGAUAAGUGUGAUCGGACAUGAGUUGGCAGAGCUGUCGUCUAAUCCGUUGGUGAAUGCUUGGUAUGCAGGGGAGGAUCCAACGGCGCCGACGGAGAUUGGGGAUCUGUGUGAGGGCUUGUACGGUAGCGGCGGCGGCGGAGGGUAUAUUGGGGCGGUGAUGAAGGAUAAGGAAGGGAGAAGUUAUAAUAUGAAUGGGAGAAAUGGACGGAGGUUUUUGGUGCAGUGGCUAUGGAGUCCGGUUUUAAAAGCCUGUGCAGGGCCCAACGCUUUGGACUGAGGAAGAAGGUGAACUUUUUUUUCUUUUUUUUUUUUUGUAUGUGUAUAUAAAAUAAUGCUUGAAAUAAUAUACUUUUGGUUAUCCACUUUUUUA